AUGGCUAUUGUUUAUAAGGAAUCCUUAGAAAAGGAACUUCAAAAAAUCGUGGCGACUCUUAACGAUCAAAAUGAGUACAUCGAGAACUUGAAAAAAGACAUCAGCAAACACGAAAAAAGCCAGAAGAACCUCGAGAAAGAUAAAACUCGUAUAUACAAUGACAAGAUUUCAGUUGAGGGCCAACUGGAAAAAAAGCAGAUUGAACUGAAGCAGUGUAAACAGCAUCUUCGCAGAUUUCUCGCCGAAAAAAAGGACAAUAUUAAAAUCAGUGAAGCAGUAAUUGACCAGACCGAGGAAACAGAGGAGUUGCUUCCUUUGCAGACGAAAUCCAUUACAGGUUCAAGCGAGGAUUUUGCCUCGACUGAUAUACUGCAGGCUCAAGUGAGAGACGCGCGGAAUGUGGCGCAGAAACUUGAAAAGGAAAACAAAGAACUGCAAAGAAAGUUGGAAUCUUUAGAUGGUAACAGAAAGCCGUUUAAAGAAACUGAUCCAUCGAGUGAGGUCGAAAACAUUCAGACUGAACCUUCUGCUGCGGAGUGUCCCAACUGCUCCUCUUACAGAGACCAGUUGACCAGUCAGUUACAACAGAUAACGGAGAAGGAACAAGAAAUCACGCGCACUAAACAAGAGUUGAAUAAAUUAAGAUCGCAGCCGCGUACUUCUAAGAAAAAGGACAAUACCACCUCUACAAAAUCUGAAUUGACGCCGGCUGAAGCGCAGGCAAAAAUACGGUCUAAAAAGACAUCAACCACAAAAGCCGUGAAUCCAACCCAGAUCUCAUCCGAAAACGAUACAGGGUCUAGUAUGGAAGAAAUAGAGGAGGAUCAAUCAGAGCCGGGCGGACAGAAAAAAAACAAGACGGCUAGAAGGAGCAAAAAGUCAAGGAAACGGAAGAAGGAAGAAGAGGAACUGUCACACGACGAUGAAGAAGGGGAUAAAAGUAUCGAGGAAGAGGAUGAUAAUGCUGCCAAACCAAGAAAGGCGGCCGACUUAAAAAGAGAGGAGGAGAGGAUAGAAGUGAAAUCAAGAGGACGUAACUCAGUUUUGGGUGAAUGUAGGGAGGAAAAGGCUCCUUACGUGACCGUUAGAGAGGCAAAAGUGGUCACGCUUGCUAAUAAAGGGACUCAGACCAGUCAGUAUGACCGCAAGCUGUAUGAGGGCAUAAGUCAGAGGCAAUCUAUUUCACGACCGCCACCGCCGCAAGAUGGUAAAUCGCUGGCUGAGGCUAUCGUGGCGGUAAAACCGACUAAUGUCGUCGAGCAAGAAACGACCUCUGCUGUGACAUUUAUACAGGACGAGGUAGACCGACUUUGUGAUGAAAUAUCUGGAUUUGUCGAAUACGGAUAUGAUCUUGUUGAGCAAGGAGCGAAGACCUUGCGAACAGUGACCGAGAAACACCUUGGUGAAAAAGCAAUGGAAAUAUUGGAGUCCAUUGAUGCUGAAAAUAUUCCGAUUGAUAAAGCUAGAGUAAUCAGGGCUCUUGCGUCAACUGAGCAAGGUAGACUGAACAAGCUUGGAAACAAAAGAAGGCGUUCCUCAUUACAAUUGAAGCGAGGCGGAACCAUUUCAAGGUCGUCUAAACAUCAAAUAUCGAAUGGCGAAAUGACUGGAAAGGAGAGAGAAAGUAUCAGCGCUGAAGUGGACAGCACUCAUCCUGAGGUGGUGUCCUCUGAGCAAACAAUGAAGAAGGUAGAAGAGCCUGAUGGCGUGACAGGAGAGAGAGACAUAGCAGUCACGUCAACGGAGCAAGGCAGACUAAACAAGCUUGGGAACAAAAGGAGGCGUUCCUCAUUACAUUUGAAGCAGGGCGGAACCAUUUCAAGGGCGUCUAAACAUCAGAUAUCAAAAGACGAAAUGACUGGAAAGGAAAGAGAAAGUAUUAGCGCUGAAGCGGACAGCACUUAUCCUGAGGUGGUGUCCUCUGAGCAAACAGUGCAGAAGGUAGAAGAGCACGAUAGCGUGACAGGAGAGAGUAUCAUAGCAGCCACGAAAGAACAAGGGAAUUUAGAGGUUCAAAAGGUAGACACGACUGACAAGAAAGAGCCAGGGAUUCCAAACCUGCGCAUUAACAAUUUCUUCCUUAGUCAACUAGCCUCUGAAGAACCCGGUCAGGCUUUCGACGCAGAAUUUGUCAAGAAGAGUCAAUGGAACACACUGAAUGACAUUCUUCACUUGCUCCCGCCCUACUCAAAAGUACCGAAUAAAGUAAAAGUUACAGCCGAGGGGUCAGCAUCAGGGGCGCCGUUGAGGGAAGACCUAGUGAAGGGACAGUUGACAGUGAUGGCACAACACGCUAUUGAUACGCUUCAAUCGACAGCCAAGUUGGUGAACCACGAGUUACAAGAUGGUGUAAGUUCGCAUAUACUAUCCUACCCCACCCUGUUCAUCUCGACUAAAUUCCCCACGUGUGAUGUCAGAGACAGCGAGGCUGCCAUUAAACCCGAGGAAUCUUCCUUUUUCACACCAAUUACUCCCCAAGUGUCCAGCUAUCAGACUGGGGAACGAAUGCCAGUGUCCACAGUACAACUCUCUCAAGGAGGAGAGAUGAUGAUCAUUGGAGCCACGCCCAACCCCAUCCCUCCUACAGUCUCUAAAACCAAGAUGAAGAGGCGAGGAAAGGUUAAGAACUGGUCAAGACGAGAUUUGUUACUCAAACAAAAGGAGAUUAUGGACAAGGUUUUACGAGUAGAUGCCAGAAUUGCCGAUUUGAGGAACAUAUUUGAUGGCAUGGAAGAACCUCAGAGACAUAGAGGAAUACCACAAACACUAUCACAAAACUUUCCCUUGCAAACACACUCUGUUGCCCUACCCUCUCUAACAAAUAGUUUUCCCCUAUCGACACACUCUUUUGCCCAACCCUCCCUACCCCAAGUAUUACAGAUACAAGGAGCAGUUGGUCAAUCUUCAAUCAAGGUGGAUGUCACAGGGGAGGCACCAAAAAGGGAAGAACAAAAUGAGGCUACAAAGCUACCAAAACCGCUACUGUUUACAUGUCGCGGCGGAUAUCAGAGACAGCGGACGCAGAGAGAAUCAAAGCACUGUCAAGUUAUUGAAGUACAAUCUCCCAGUAUGUCGGACUUUAAGAAAGCCCUGUCAUCGAACCAAGGGUCGCUUUCUGGAAAGAAUGAUCGUGAAAUUUCACAUGAUCCUGUCAAGGGCAUUAACGACCCUGAAAUAAGAAGAGCGAAAACAGAUUAUGUUUACAAGACAUCUAAUUCUGCGACUACAGAAGAAACGAUUAGAGUUAAAGUCGAGGAGCUUCCGGUCGACGAAGAUUUCAAAACACGAUUCUUCGAGGCACAAGACAGGCUUGGAGAGCUUGAACAGGAGUUAAGAAAUACUCGUGAAAAACUACGCAACCUCGAGAACGCCUGUGAAAAUACCGAGGAGAAGAUCGGCGUAUUGAAAAACGCGGCAUUUUCUUAUCACAGGUCUUUCUCAGAGCAUGAAGUGACGAUCAAAACGGUUGUGGAGGAAAAUAAGCUGUUAAAAAUCACCAUUGAAAAGUUUGAGGCGACAAUUCGUGGUUACAAAGAGGAACAAGAGAAAGCCGACGAAAUUAAAAGGGAUAACGAAAAUCUCAAAGAUCAGCUUGAUAAGGCGAGAAAGGGAAACGAUGAUUUAGUAGAGCAGCUCGAUAAAUUGCAGAAGGAGUACGACGAUUUGCGUGACAACAACGGCGACGAAAAAGACAAUAUCUUGCUGGAAAUGGAGUCCCUAAAGCUCAAAUACGGAGAGAUCGAAACGGAAAAUGAUAAUCUACUGAAAGAGAAAGAAGAAUUGCGGGUCGAAGUAGAUGAUCUUGAACGGCGACUGAAGGACUUGCAAAUUAAAUUGUCGGCCGAUGACGAAGUUAUCGAGGAAAUGAAACAACAGAUUGUGGAGUAUCACGUGCAGAUUCAGCAGUCAGAGGAAAACUGCAACAACAGCCGAACGAGAAAUAUCGAGCUUGAGAAAGAAAUGUCCAUUCUGCGAGGCCUUGUAACCGAGUUGGAAAGUAGCUUAAAGGCAGAGAAAGAUAGCCGUGAAAGUUUGUUCCGCGAGGGCACCAACAGGCUCGAUAUUCAAAACAAGAAGAUUACACAGCUGGAGAUGAAUCUCAAAGAGGUUUGCAAAGAAAAGGAACUUCUCUACCUCCAGUUUGUGGAUAGUAAAAACAAAGCCGAGAUGGACUCCAAGCAAUGCACUAAGCAACUUAACGAAACCCAUGUCCGUGCUGAACUAUUCCGGAAAGAGGUGUCUGACAAGGAAAAGACGAUUUCUUCACUGAAGGCUGAAAACGGAGAGUUGAGAGAUGAUAUUGCUCUGCUACAGAAGCAAUUAGAAGACCUUCAAGAUCGCGAUCUGUCGAAGUUUGCGGAGGACCUCGACAAGGCGGACGGAAAUGAUGACGACGAACUAACCAAAUUAAGGGAAGAAAACGAAGAGAUGACGCAAGAAUUGGAGCAACUGAGAGAUGAGGUGAUUUCUUUACAGAGCGAACUGGCUGAGAGAUACAUAGAGGAAGAAAAACCUAGGGGCGGAGAUUCAGAUGAAAUUGUGGUUAAGCACCUUCGAGUUGUUCAGAGAGUUCCACUGGCACCGAAUGAGGAUCUGAGUGAUUCUGAUGACUUUGAAGAGCAUAUAGUUGCGGUUGGAGAAACUCCUCAACUUGCUGCUGUUCCAAAGGAGUCUGGAGAUUCGUGGUCCAGUCAAGACUACUCCAAAUCGCAGAUACAAGAACUCGAAGAGCUUCUGGAGCGCACUAAGAAAGAGAAAGAAAAAGUCGAAGAAUGCUUAGAAGAGUCCGAAGAAAGAGCUAAGAAGACCACGGAGGAGCUGUCUAAGACCAUCACGCAGCUAAAUGAUCGAUGUGAAGAGAUGAGAAAGGAGCUCAUAGAGAAAGAAGCUGUAAUAAAUGAGCAACGAAAAGAUCUUGCUCAGGAUAAAAACACCAUCAGUGACCUGGAGGAAAAACUACGAGAGCAAGAAUACAUCGAAGCGGAACUGGAAAAAGCAAGGAAGGAACUCUUAGAGCUAAAAUCACAGGAGACCAUCGAAGACUUGAGUGAAGAAUAUGAGAAAUUAAAAGAGCAAUACCAAAAGCUGAUGGAAGAUAAAAAGAAGUUGAAAGACAACAACGAAGAUCUUCUUGAAAAGAAAGCAGACAUUGAAGAGGAGCUAGAGGAAAUGAAAGUUAAAUUCGAUAAAGGGAAAGAGAUGUACAACACUCUGUGUGACGAGAAUGAUGACCUGAAGAAAGACAACGACGAUCUUCAGAAACAAGUCGACAAACUAAGGGAAGAAGUGAAAUAUCUCGGUGAUGAACUGAAAGAGGAAGAGGACUUGCACGUCACUGAGAAGGAAAAGCUGACCGGCAAGAACAAGGAACUAGGAGACAAGAUCCGUCGAUUGGAGGGAGAAAUAUCGGAUUUAAAAGCCAAGUUGAGAAAAAAGGACGAUGAUGAGAACUGGAAGGAAAAGUUUGAUGAGUUAAAGCGAGAGAAGAAUUCCCUUCAAAUCGAGAAGCAACGCCUGGAACGAAACUUGGAAAGAAACGACGAUGAACAUGAGCAAACUAAGACCAAGUACAACAAAGUUCGACGUGAACUCACCGAUGUCCAAAGUGAGACCGCCAUGUUGCGCCGACAACUAUCGGAACUGAAGCUCUCCAAGGACUCUGGAGACCUGGAAAAGGAACUCAGGAAACUCAAGGAAACGCUACGCAAGAAAGAAGAAGAAAGCAAGAAACAUCUAACGGAGCUUGAAGAGCUGAAGCGAUCUUUGUUUCGUCAGACGAGUGAAGACGGUUGGCAGGAAAAGUUUGAAUCUCUGAAACUCAAACUAGACGAAGUUGAAGACGAAAAGGAUUCCUUGCAGAAAGAGAAGAAUAAUCUUCAAAAUGAUCUCCGAAAAGAUUCAGAAAAACUCGCUGAGCUCGAGAUAAAGCUGAGCCAGGCCAACAUGGAGAUAGAGGGGCUAAGCAAGGAUUUCGACAAAUCACAUACAAGAAUCACUCAACUGGAAAUUGAGCUUCAACGAUCUUCUAAACAGAAACAGCAAGCCGAAGAGCAAGCUAAAUGGAUCAAGAAGGAGCUGUUGACAAGAGAAGAGACAAUUAGUAAACUAGGGAAAGAACUGAAUGAAAAGAUGGAGGACAGUGACAAAGAUAACCAGAUAAUCGUACUCGAGAGAGAGAUACAACUCCUUCAAAGCAGAAUACCAGCGUCGGAAAAGGACGAAUCUGUUCUACAUAAUCGUAUCCGGUUCUUGGAAGACAGCGUCAAGGAAAUUAAGGAAAAACUCGAUGGAAAGACCGUUCAACUGGACAAAUGUGAGAAGGAAAAGGAGAGCCUUAGUGUUCACGUUGUUGAACUUUCAAAAGAAAUUCAGGUCCUUUACGAGCGAUAUCAGGCGAGUCGCACAGAAAUCGAGAAACUCCGCGCUGGUCUUGUUGUGCUACCGGAAAAGACACCGGAAACCACGUCCCUAACUAUUGAUGUUGAAAGGAAACCCGAGGUGCAAUUAGGUGUAUUCGUACAAGAACGUGUUCGCAGUCGUGUUGUUACCCCCGGGCUUGGUCGUAGUACUUCCGAGCUGGAGAUUUCCAUCAGCCAGUUGCCAGGAACUGUUGUUAUUGGAGAGCCUGUUGCAGUCACUGUGGACUAUGGUUCAGAGGGAAACCCUCUGGUUAGUCACCCUGUGGAACUCACUGCAUCCGAACCAGAAGAUAACGAUGAAGAUAGCUUCUCUCACGAAGGUGACGAUGAGGAUGUUCCUCCUGUUGUUUACUCAGCCCCGCAAGUUGAAAGUGCCCCACAAUUCAAUUUCACAUCUCCAUCUACCGACCCAGAGCGAAUUCUCGUGAGUGCUCAAGCCCUACCAAGGCCUCAGCUUCCUAAGAGUGUUGAUCCAGAAAGGUUCCCGUUUCUCAAGGCUUCCGGAGUGCGUCUCAGUGGGGGAGCCUUUCAACCGGUACCCAGCCGAAAUAACAAUCAACCAGGGCAGACUCUACAGCAAGAACUAUCAGAUAAGGAGCUGACACCAGAGGGAAGAUUUAGGGCAUUCAGCAAAGAGGACCAGUUUAAAUUGGAUGGUCUCUUACACGCGCAUGCGCACCAUCAUGACCCACCUGACGUAUACAAUGAUGUAUACAAUCAGCCGCCUGAAAAUGGUGUCGGCAAUAACAGAGAGUAUUAUCCCGAGGAGCCAAAUGCACGGGAAGAAAGAUGGCCCGAACCCCCACCGUACGACUGGGAGGAACCACCACUGCAGCCCCCACGGGAGGCUUAUUCUUACCAGAGUAGCCCUGGUGGGGAGUAUCCUGACGACUUUGACGGUCAGGUGGAAAAAUAUCCAGAUCCGCACAAAGUACCCCUGCGGAAACCGGAGGGCUCUUACAAAAGGAGAAUUAUAGGCGUCUAUGACAAUGACGGAACGCUCAUCGGGUAUCAAGACGUCUAUGAAGAAGUAACCGAUGAAUACGCAGAGGAAAUGAAUGGAGGAGUAGUGCCUUACCCGGAACCCUACGAACACAGGGGGGUGCCACACCCAUAUGAACCUGAGCAACGUCUUCCUAUCAAAAUUCCUUACACAAAUGAUACAAGAGGACCUGAGGAGGAUGAACCAGUAUUUUACGAAUACGACAGCAAUCAAAACGCAACCAAUGACCAAUGGUUCAGCCCUCAGCCAGGAGAACGAGUUCAAGAUAACAGAAAACACAACAAAGAAAGUGGCAGGAGCUAUAGACAUGGCUACCCUGAGCCAUACGGAUAUCUAAAUGGUGAUGGAGCACGCAGGAACAGGCCAGCCAUGGUAAGCAGCCAGUACGCUAGCGGCACUUAUUUGUAAAUGACUGGAUUAGAAGUGGAACAAUCACUGAGCGCUGAAGGUCCUCAUUAUUUCGGUUUCGUAACAGUGGAUCAUGCUUUAGAUCAUUUUCUAAGUACAUAGCAGACAACAUAAAACCUGGACAAAAGAUUAGGUCCAAUUGAGCUGAUAAAGAGCUUUUCCUUAUUAUCAAGGAUUAGAAGUGGAACAAUCAUUGAACGCUGAAGGUCAUCAUUAUUUCGGUUUCGUAACACUAGAUCAUGCUUUAGAUCAUUUUAUAAGUAAAUAGCUGAUAACACAAAACCUGGACAAAAGACUAGGUCCAAUUGAGCUGAUCGAGAGCUUAUCCUUAUUAUCAAGGUAUAGUAAUUCCUAUUCAGUCAGUCAAAAAAUUGGUUUAGAUCGGUCGAAUGAAUCAAGGAAGACUAACGGUGAAAGGAAAAAGUUGAUAACUUUGCUAGGUAUCAGAAAUGGAAAGUAAGAGAGAUUUACAAAUGGAAUGAUAAAAUGGAAAAAGAAGAAAAAGAGCAGUAACGGCUUUUCCGUUCUUUGCGGUGAAAAGAAAGCGAGCAUAGUUCUUCAUUUUGGGUAUAUCGCGAAUCUUCUCAAGUAGUUGUAUUUGCUGUGUAGGUUUUUUAAGGUAGCGAGUGACUUGUUUCCAGUCGGCUAUUAAAGUGAGAGUAAUUUUUUCCCUUCUAUUUGAAGCUAAAGCUGCGCUGCUCUUCGAUAUAAAAUUAAGUUUUUCGACCAUCUUUAUUUAGACAAAUGCCUCUUGAAAUUUUUUAAAAUUGUUUUUUAUGAAACGGCUUUAUUUGCCAUCUUGUUCUUGUAUACUCACCUUAAUUUUAUAACCACUGAAGCAUAAAUCUCCCAAUUUUUAGCUUGUUAUUGCUUCAUUCAAGAUUUAAAAUGGCGUUCAAUCUUGAGGUAUAACAUUCAAAUUUUAACUAUCAAUUCCGAGAAACAAUUUUUGUCAGUAAGGACAAUAAACACUUCAUGUUAUAGGGGAUUUCAACACAAUCUUCUUAGGUCCAGAGAAGAUUAGUGAGCGAUUAGUUGUGACAAUGGUGUGAUAUCCAGUUGACAGUGUAACAUGCCUCUGAAGGCAAAGUGAGUUCGUGCGGAGUGGAACGACAAGGAACUUAUAACCGAUAAUAGCAAGCACUUUAUUGUUAAGAAUCUUAUUUUACAAAAUUAUUUUUUACGUAAUAAAUUUACGGGAAAUUUUUGUA